AAAAUCAUCAUCAUCGUCGAGAGUGAAGAAGCUGCAAAAAGUGCCAUCCUACAUUCCACCCAACCCGGGGAAUAGUGAAAACCAAUCCAUUUUAAUCCGUGUUCUUGUCGUGCACUGUUAAAAGCCCCGUCGUGAGUGCGAAAAAGGGGGCCAUCGAGAGAAGCGCGACGCAAUUAACUUCACUCUCAAGGAAGUCCACAAACGAUGGACACGGGCGGCGGUAGCAGCAUGACGUUGGUCGACUCGACCGAAGAGGGUGCUCCAGGAACGUUCCACAUCUCCUCGUUCUCCCACACCGACGAUGACGAUGACGACGGUGGUGGUGGCCGGGGUCGCCGUGUCCGGCCUGGCGGUGGGCACGAUGAUGACGACGAUCUGCUAUCAGCCUCGAGUUUCCAGAUUGGCGGCGUAAGCGGCAGCACCAGCACCCAGCGCUGCCCCCUGUGUUACCUCUCGCGACGUCGCUUCCACUGUAAGGCCUGCAUCCGGAACGGGGACUUUGUGCACACGCUCAGUGCUACCCCGCACGGAGCUCAUCCGCAGCUGCAGCUUCCGGAACGGUUCGGGGAGAAGCAGCAACGGCUCCGCAAUUUGCGCACUGCCAAUGCCACACUCGAGGCUAAGGGCUUACGGAUGCUGGAGAAAAGCCGUGUUGCCGGUCGACUGAGCGGUGACAUUAAACGCAGCACCGAAAAGGCCAACAUUCUGCGCAAAACGAUCGAACAGAAACGCAUUGCGAUCGAGGAGUUGCGAGCGCAGGAACGUGCGCUCCGCGAACGGAACCGUACGCUUCGGAUCAAGCUGCCCCGUUGUGAUGAUAAGGUGCAGGAACUGAGUGAGUUCGUGAUGCUGAAACUGGAGGAAAGCGAGCACCGAAAGCAGCAGCUGACCGCGAUGCAGGAGCGGCUGCAGCAGCUACGGCGUGAUCAUGUCCAGCAGCUGGUGCGCUACAUCUUCCCCGUCUCGCAGACGAUCGUUAGCCGCAGCCAGAGUGCCAGUACGGCGUCGAGUGCGAGCGAUAGUUCGGCGGCUGCGACGGCUCACAGUCACAGUGGUCACCAUCCGCACGGUAGCCGCAGUACGAUCCACGAAAUCUCGGAAGCAACCCGUACGGCUUACGUGCGUGGCCAAUGGGUACUACAGGAUAGCUUCGGAGAGGUACAGCAUGUGAUCGUUGCACCGUCACUGCCGGGUACGGGUAACUAUUCCGCGUACACCGAGUGGGUCGCUGGGGUCGGUGUCGGUAGCUCCGCGGGUUCUUCCAGUCCGGGAUCACGCCAGGCACGCGUCGGAUGCCACAAUCCGGCACAUACGAUCGCGGCAGCACUCACGUACACCAGCCAGCUGGUGUGUCUGAUCGGGCAGCUGCUGGACGUCCGAUUACCGUACCGGGUGGCCUAUGCAGACUUUAGCAAAACCACGCUUACGGAGACGCAGUUCCGGCGAAAAGUGGCACGAUUGAAUACGGACAUUAUCGCCCUUUGCUAUGCCCAGGGUUGUCGGUUGAACGAGAUGCAUCCGACCCAUACGCUCGAGAACGUACUGUGUCUGUUGGCGUCGCCCUCUCUCGGUCAUUGCGGUGCAACCGAUCGGAACAGCUGCCUGAGCGAUUCGAUGGAACAGCUGCUUACGCAGGACAUCGGGGAUGAUGCGGAUUCGGAGGAUGAAACUAAUAUUCAUCAAGAGUGGGAAGCAGUUCCGAGCAACCUGUCACCAGUGACGGCCGAUCAACCCUAUCUACCGCUAGCGGUUCAGCUCGAUCAACAGCACCAGCUACUGCAGCAACAGUACCGCCGUGGCACGAUCCAUCACCAGUAUCAGCCACCCGGUGGUGUUACUGCCAGUCUGGUGACCAGUGCCUUUGCUUCGGUCAGCUCGUUCUGGAAGGGCUGGACGGGCAAAUAGAGUGCCGAAAACGAUCGAAGCCGCCAAAGCCCCGCUAGAUUCCCAGCUGGAAUUAACCAGAUCCGGAACCAUUCAUCGUUGCAGCCACGAAUCUCGUUGCUGAACACGAAAACAAAAAUCCAAAAAGAAAUCCCGCACAAAGGCGUGUACCACCACGUCGUGGACGUUGAAGUUAUUUUUUCUACAUAAACAUUUUUAUAAAAAAAGAAACGAACUAAUACGCUGUGUGUUUUACGUUAAGAAACGUGUGGCGUCAAUGGGCAACCCCCCUAUGAAGCAGCCAAAAGGAUGAAGACGGAAGCUGAGUUAGUGCUAGUGUCUUCUAUUAAUUCCUAACGCGAGAAUAAAGCAAAAAGCGCAACCGAAA